AUGGUUCCGAAAGUGGUCGACCUACAAAGGAUAGCGAACGAUAAGACAAGGAUAACAACUUACAAGAAGAGGAAAGCUAGUCUUUACAAGAAGGCACAAGAGUUCUCAACUCUCUGCGGCGUCGAGACAUGUCUCAUCGUCUACGGUCCCACGAAGGCUACCGAUGUGGUGAUUUCCGAGCCAGAGAUAUGGCCGAAGGACGAGACCAAAGUCAGGGCCAUCAUACGCAAGUACAAAGACACAGUGUCGACCAGCUGCAGGAAAGAAACCAACGUGGAGACUUUCGUCAACGAUGUAGGGAAAGGAAACGAGGUGGUGACUAAAAAGAGAGUGAAGCGUGAGAAUAAGUAUUCUAGUUGGGAGGAGAAGCUAGACAAGUGUUCACGAGAGCAACUACAUGGGAUUUUCUGUGCCGUGGAUAGCAAGUUAAAUGAAGCUGUAACGAGACAGGAGCGUAGUAUGUUUAGGGUUAAUCAUCAAGCCAUGGACACACCAUUCCCGCAGAAUUUAAUGGACCAACAAUUCAUGCCACAGUAUUUUCAUGAGCAGCCACAGUUUCAAGGCUUCCCUAAUAAUUUCAAUAAUAUGGGUUUCUCGUUGAUUUCACCUCAUGAUGGUCAGAUUCAAAUGGACCCAAAUCUCAUGGAGAAGUGGACCGACUUGGCUUUGACUCAAAGCUUGAUGAUGUCAAAGGGAAACGAUGGUACUCAAUUCAUGCAGAGGCAAGAACAACCAUACUAUAAUCGUGAACAGGUUGUAUCGAGGUCUGCAGGUUUCAAUGUUAACCCGUUUAUGGGAUAUCAAGUCCCGUUUAAUAUUCCUAAUUGGAGAUUAUCGGGAAAUCAAGUUGAAAAUUGGGAGCUUUCAGGGAAGAAAACGAUAUGA